AUGGCUAGUAUCACCCAAUCGGGUAUUGUUCCCGUCAAAAACACGCUUUACACCUUUUAUCGAAGCACCCUUUUCAAUGCCAUCAUCAUUGGUCUAGUGAGCUUCACUCAGCCCGGAAUAUGGAGCGCUCUCGCUGGUCUCGGGGCCGGCGGCCUGGCUACACCUUUCUUCGUCAAUGCAGCAAACGUAAUAACUUUUGCAAUUAUGAUUGUACUGAGCCCCGUAUUUGCUGUUAUUGGUAAUCGAUGGAGUCUGAAGUGGGUUCUUGUCAUUGGGACAAUAGGAUAUGCCCCUUACUCGGCUUCAUUGUACACCAACAGCGUCUAUGGAACACAAUGGUUUAUGUUAUUUGGCGCGACAACUUGUGGUAUCUCGGCCGCAGCACUUUGGGUCUCAGAAGCAGCCAUUGGAGUUGGAUACCCGGAGGAGAACAAGAAGGGCGCGUACCUGGCUAUUUGGUUCGGUCUGAAUAAGAUUGGCACAAUCAUCGCAUCCUCAAUUGAGUUGGCUUUGAACCUCGGGAAUGACCAACAAGGGUCCAUUAGUUCUGAAACUUAUCUGAUUCUGAUCGCGUUGCAAUGUCUUGGCUUGCCGCUUGCACUCUUGAUCUCCCCUAUUGACAAAUUAAUCCGAAAAGAUGGAACCAAGCCAGCGCGCCCAGAGAGAACAACAUUCGCCGAGGGUUUCCGCAGAUUCUGGCGGGUCAUGAAACGACCUGAAAUUGCGGCGUUGGUUCCCAUCUUCUUGACCAGUCAAUGGGCACAAACAUACGAAGGCAACUACCUCACGGAAUAUUUCACGGUACGAGCUCGAGCACUAGCUGCGUUCAUCAUCACCUUAGUGGGACUUGGCGUGAAUAUAAUCUUCGGCUGGUUCUUGGACUACGAUCGUUUGAGUCGGUCUACCCGGGCUCGGGUAGGAUGGAUUAUCCUGGUCAUCACAUAUACAAUCACUUAUAUCUAUAACCUGGUCUUGGAAGCUGAGUAUGAAAAGAUAAGUCCAAUUUUCGAUAUCGAAACGCCAGGUUUUGCACGUGCGGUCGCUGUUUAUUGUGUCUUCUUCGUACCUUAUAACGCAUUUGCUGUGUGGGGAUACUGGAUCCUUGGUUGCUUCGAUGACAAGAUCGAGAACCUGACGUUCUCUACUGCUGUUUUGCGAUCAGGCGAGUCAUUCGCAAGCACUAUAUCUUAUGCACUUGGAGCCUCAAAAAGUGUCUCACUGUUGAAGAACAUAUUGGUGGCUUCGGUGCUUUUCUGGGCCGCUAUUCCAACAACCACUUGGAGUGUAUGGCAAGUGACUGAAUUCAAGAAAAGAGAUGAAGACAAUGAAGAAAUAAGCGAUACAAGCACGCAGGUUAUCAAUGUCACAGUCAAGGACUCUGUCGGUGUUUGA